CCGUGAAGCGCCCUGGGUCCCUGAGGCGGCCGCCUUUAUAACGCGCCCGCUUGGGUGGCGGCUGCAGCGGAGACUCAUGCAGGGUCGGGAUGUCGGGGAUGCCCACCGACCAGAAGCAGGGGCGUUCAGCGCCCACGGACCAGAAGCCGGGGCGCUCGGAGCAGAGCGCACCAGAUCCGAAGCGCACUGGCUUCGUGCUGGGGCUGGACGUGGGCAGCUCUGUGAUCCGCUGCCACGUCUAUGACCGGGCAACGCGGAUCCGUGGCUCCUGCGCGCAGAAGGUAGAAACUCUUUAUCCUCAACCUGGCUGGGUUGAAAUUGAUCCCGAUGUGCUUUGGCUUCAGUUUGUUACAGUAAUAAAAGAAGCUGUCAAAGCUGCAGGAAUACAGAUGAAUCAAAUUGUUGGUCUUGGCAUUUCAACGCAGAGAGCCACUUUUAUCACAUGGAACAAGAAAACGGGAAAUCAUUUUCACAACUUUAUUAGUUGGCAAGACUUAAGAGCUGUUGAACUUGUAAAAUCUUGGAAUAGUUCUCUUAUAUUGAAGCUCUUGCAUAGUUCCUGCCGAAUGCUUCACUUUUUCACGAGAAGUAAACGACUUUUUGCAGCCAGUUUGUUCACUUUCACAACUCAGCACUCUUCUUUGCGAUUAGUCUGGAUUUUACAGAACCUGACGGAGGUGCAAAAGGCCGUUGAGGAAGAAAAUUGUUGCUUUGGGACUAUUGAUACCUGGUUAUUACAUAAGCUCACAAAAGGUUCUGCAUAUGCCACAGAUUUUUCAAAUGCUAGUACAACUGGACUUUUUGACCCAUAUCUGAUGUGUUGGAGUGGGCUUAUUACCUCCAUAAUCUCCGUUCCACUCUCCAUCCUGCCCCCUGUGAAGGACACAAGCCACAAUUUUGGAUUAGUGGAUGAAGAGAUAUUUGGUGUGCCUAUACCAAUAGUUGCCUUGGUUGCUGACCAGCAAUCAGCCAUGUUUGGAGAGUGCUGCUUCCAGACAGGUGAUGUGAAAUUAACUAUGGGAACUGGAACUUUUUUGGACAUUAAUACUGGAAAUAAUCUUCAAAAGACUGUUGGAGGCUUUUAUCCAUUAAUUGGGUGGAAGAUUGGGCAAGAAGUUGUAUGCUUAGCUGAAGGCAAUGCAGGAGACACCGGGACUGCCAUAAAAUGGGCUCAGCAAUUAGAUCUUUUCACAGAUGCUGCUGACACUGAGAAGAUGGCCAGAAGUUUGGAAGAUUCUGAGGGAGUUUAUUUUGUCCCAUCUUUUAGUGGAUUGCAGGUAUUUCUUUACAAUGACUGGGCAUGUGCUUCGUAUAUGGGGCCGGUGCCCUACUCACUGAGCCACAGACACCACCCUAUUAGAAUUAUUCUUUAUUUUUUGUUUUUUUUUACUAGAAACAAACAAUUAUAUGAGAUCAUGCAGAAAGAGAUCCAUAUUCCAAUAACAAAAAUCCGGGCAGACGGAGGAGUCUGUAGGAAUGGUUUUGUCAUGCAGAUGACUUCAGACUUGAUCAAUGAGAACAUAGACAGACCCGUCCACAUUGACAUGUCAUGCCUAGGUGCAGCUUCUUUAGCUGGUCUUGCUGUUGGGUUUUGGACUGACAAGGAAGAACUAAAGAAAUUGAGGCAAAGUGAAAUAGUUUUCAAGCCACAGAAGAAAUGUCAAGAAUAUGAAAUGAGUAUGGAAAAUUGGGUCAAAGCCGUGAAACGCUCCAUGAAUUGGUACAAGAAGACAUAACACUAAAUGAAGAGAUUGAAACCAAGGGUGACUGGUUUAUAUGAUGUGCAGAUGAGACACAGCUCAGGGAUAACCAACAUGACGAUGGCAGAGAUUUAAAAUGAGCUUCACAACCUGAGAGAAGAAGCAUUACUUAAAAAAAACACACAAAUAAAAAAUGAUUACUUUUUUCCAAAUCUUGGUAAGAUUUAAGGCAGCAAUACCUCAAAACUUUAUUUCUUCUGUUUUGUAGCAAAUUGCAAAAGGACAUUAGCCAUUUCCCACUGUAUUUUGACAGUUCUGGGUCCUUUUCCUUUUUGUACUGGGUCAAUGGAAUGUAGGAGCAUAGUCAUUUAUCCUCAGAACUGAUAGUUCUGGGUCAAGCACCAUUCGUAUUUUGUUCCAAAAUUAUGUGGAAAGUAUUUCUUUAAUUCUGUAAAAUUAA